AUGAGCAUGCAAGGGCCGGAGGCCGAUGGUGCCUUAGGUGCUGGUGCUGCAGUCGAUGCUGGUGCUGCAGUCGAUGCUGGUGCUGCAGUCGAUGUUGGUGCUUCAGCCGAUGCCGGUGCUUCAGUCGAUGCUGGUGCUUCAGCCGAUGCUGGUGCUUCAGCCGAUGCUGGUGCUUCAGCCGAAGCUGGUGCUUCAGCAGAUGCUGGCGCUUCAGCAGAUGCUGGGGCUUCUGGGGGUGACGACACUGGAAUGUGGGUGCGAAUAAAGUUACGGGGGAGUUAA